AUGGUCAAGACGGAUAUACGGAGGGAUUACUACGCGGACCUGGGUCUCACGCCCAGCGCGGAGUCGGAGGAUAUCAAGAGGCAGUUCAGAAAGCUAGCCCUCAAAUAUCACCCCGAUAGGAACCCCGGCAAAGAGGUGGAUUUCAUCGCCAAGUUCCAGUCCAUCCAAGCCGCCAACGAGAUCCUCAGCGACCCCCAGCAACGACUCCGAUACGACACCGACCGAUUACGCGCCGGCUACGGGAAAUACUACGGCCCGCCCAAAACAAAACCCCCUCCGCGACGAACCUCCACCGCUGCUCCCACCGCGAAAUCCACCCCGCCCAAGCCGAACUUCGCGUCGCGCCCGCAGAGCUUCCAGGGCGGCCCGUCCGCCGGUGCGCAGCGCUAUGCGAGCUACGCGCGAGCGGCCCCCAAGCAGCCGUGGGAGCGGCGGCACGAGGACCAACAGACGCGCGCCGAUGCAUACCGCGGGUUCCAGGACAUGAAGGGUAGUGGAAUGCCCGGCUGGACGCAGUUUGAUCCUCACACAGGCCGCUCCGGCCAACAUCCCGGCGGCGUGCCCCGACCCAGCGCCAACUCCAGCCAGUCGGCGCGCCCCAAGUCCGCCUACGAGUAUUUCAAGACGUCGCCCAAGCCAACAGCUAGCACGGAAUCCCCGCGGGCGUCGGCAUCCUUCGCCAAGAAGAAGUCCGGAUUCGCCCCGCGGGCAGCCACCGGCGGAGACGAGCCCAUGGCCUCCAACACCUCCGCCUACUCCAACGUCCCGCGCGCGGAGCGCGCCCAAGCCUCCAAGCCCUUCUUCGCGCCCGCUGCGUCGUCCCCGACCGCAAGAAAAGCAGCCGGCGCCGCCGGGUUCCAGGCCCGGACCGAGCAAACGCGGACACCCGACAUCGAGCGCACGGGCAGCAAAUACGCCGGCACCGGAGGGGAGCGGGCGUUCUUUUCCAGCGCGGGGAUGGGCCGCUCUUCCAGCGUGCGGAAUUCGCCUGAGAGCGCCAAACCCCAGCCGCGGACUACCCCGCCGAGUCCGGUGCCUCCGCGCUCGGGACGGCAUCGUAGUGCUAGUCCGGAUUUUAAUGCUGAGCGGAGUCGGAAUUACUCGUCGACGAGCUCGAGUGGGUUGGACGAUGAUGACGAGGAUGAUCUUGAGGAUGAGCUUGAUGAGGUGCUGGGGCGGAAGCCAAAGGCUGUGCCGAGGAGUCGGAUGCGGCCGAAUCAGAAGUUUGGGAACUUUCAUGUGCCGAAUCAGUGGAGUUACCGGGGAGGCCACGAUUCCGAUAGUGCUGCUUCCCCCAGUCACAGGUUCGCGUCUACCUCUUUCCCCAAGGCGGGCAAUCCCUUUGACCCGACACACGCCUCUACCAACCCUUCGCACCAUGGGACAUUCAAGAGCACCAGUCAUGACGAUCUCCGCAGGCCAUUUUCGGCUGCGCACUGGGGUCGGACCUCCUUCUUCACAGGGACAUCAUCGGAGAAUGGCGAAACCCCGACUCACAAUCGUGGGCGUCCUUCGAGCAGACGGGGCGGCUAUUCCAGCAGUGCUUCUCACAACGAGUCCCCGCGCCCCGAGACAGCCUCCCAACAACCACCGACUUCAUUCCCCUCUGGCCAAUUCUUCACGGAAGACUGGGUCGAGAAACUCAAGAACAUGUCCUGGGAUGUGCCCGAGAGCGGCAGCUCUCAGCAACCGCCCGCAGCCAGCCAGCGUCAACGCAGCCCCCGCAAACACACUCGCCCCCCGGUCAAGGCACGACCUGUGCCCCAGCAGGCCAGCGUGGCGACGGAGGACGAGGAGGCCCACGCGACCGUCAACGGAGACCAGCCGCCGGAACCAGCACCAGCUCCAGCGCCCACGGCGAACGGCGACGGCGACGGCGACGCCGAGGCCAUGGAUGUUGACGACGAACUCCCAGCUCGAAGCACCAAGCCCACUACCCCGGAGCCCGCGAGUGUCCCGAAGGACCCACCCAAGGAAGUCCCAGUACCGAAAACCCCGCCCACCGCCAACAAGGGCACCAACAGCGCCAACCGCGCACAGCCCAACCACCUCUUCAACCUAACCAACCUCAAAAACACAGUGCCCUUCACCAACACAACCGGCAGCGGCAUCGACGACCUCCAAGACAUCUUCGCCACGCUCCCCUUCGAGUCCCGCGCCAAGGUCCCCAAGACGACAGCACGCGACGUACGCCCGCGGAACCUCAUCUGUCCGAACCCGCCGAAACGGCCACAGCCACCAGCCAAGGUACCCCUCGGACUGGACCCGCAGCAGCAGGGCCUGCCGCGGGUCGCGUGGGACCGCUACGUGGCUGAGAUGCACGCUUACAUGCGCGACUGGAACCGGUUCCAGCGGCGGAUUCUGGGCCACUUCAAUGCCCGCCAGGAGGCUAUCGAGACGGGUAUGAGCCCGAACUGGGUCAGCGCCGUGGGAGACUCGACUCGUCUCGGGGUCGCCGGUGCGGAUGGCGAUGAGGAGGCCGGUCCCGAUGGUGAUGGCGAUGGGGCGGAGGAUGAUACCGCGGAUGAGAUGAUUGCUGGCGCGGGUAAAGGGGGGUUCAGUGCUUAUCUCCGGGCGAUCGAGGAGGACGCCAAGGUACAGAAGCAUUGGGAGGUAGCGCGGGAGAUGCACAGGGAUUGUAUCCUCCAGCUAGGAGAGAUGCGGGAAUGGAUCCGGAACGGGGGGAAGCUUGUGUGA